AAGUGGCAGCUGUGCAAACGGUGUCCCUCUGAAGAGUCCCUGCGCCUGCUUCCACCCCCUAGAGGGACUCCACAGCCAUGUUCUGGUUGCUUUGAGCCUGCUUCCUACCAGCAUUUCGGGGCUCUGUCCCUGCCCAGCUCCUGGACCCACUCCCCAGCCUAUUCCUCUCCCCAGCCUGCACCGAAGUGACUCCUCAAGCUUCAGGACUCAGCGGGGCACAGUGGCAGUCACGGUGAGCGAGAGGAUGCUGGCGGGGGGCGCGAGGAGCAUGCCCAGCCCCCUCCUGGCCUGCUGGCAGCCCAUCCUCCUGCUGGUGCUGGGCUCGGUGCUGUCAGGCUCGGCCACGGGCUGCCCGCCCCGCUGUGAGUGCUCCGCCCAGGACCGCGCGGUGCUCUGCCACCGGAAGCGCUUCGUGGCGGUGCCCGAAGGCAUCCCCACCGAGACCCGCCUGCUGGACCUGGGCAAGAACCGCAUCAAAACGCUCAACCAGGACGAGUUUGCCAGCUUCCCGCACUUGGAGGAGCUGGAGCUCAACGAGAACAUCGUGAGCGCCGUGGAGCCCGGCGCCUUCAACAACCUCUUCAACCUCCGGACGCUUGGGCUCCGCAGCAACCGCCUGAAGCUCAUCCCCCUGGGCGUCUUCACCGGCCUCAGUAACCUGACCAAGCUGGACAUCAGCGAGAACAAGAUCGUCAUCCUGCUGGACUACAUGUUCCAGGACCUGUACAACCUCAAGUCGCUGGAAGUUGGCGACAACGACCUCGUCUACAUCUCCCACCGAGCCUUCAGCGGCCUCAAUAGCCUGGAGCAGCUGACGCUGGAGAAAUGCAAUCUGACCUCCAUCCCCACCGAGGCGCUGUCCCACCUGCACGGUCUCAUCGUCCUGCGGCUGCGGCACCUCAACAUCAAUGCCAUCCGGGACUAUUCCUUCAAGAGGCUGUACCGCCUCAAGGUGUUGGAGAUCUCGCACUGGCCCUACCUGGACACCAUGACUCCCAACUGUCUCUACGGCCUCAACCUGACGUCCCUGUCCAUCACGCACUGCAACCUGACCGCUGUGCCCUACCUGGCCGUGCGCCACCUGGUCUAUCUCCGCUUCCUCAACCUCUCCUACAACCCCAUCAGCACCAUCGAGGGCUCCAUGUUGCAUGAGCUGCUCAGGCUGCAGGAGAUCCAGCUGGUGGGCGGGCAGCUGGCCGUGGUGGAGCCCUACGCCUUCCGCGGCCUCAACUACCUGCGCGUGCUCAACGUCUCCGGCAACCAGCUGACCACGCUGGAGGAGUCGGCUUUCCACUCGGUGGGCAACCUGGAGACCCUCAUCCUGGACUCCAACCCGCUGGCCUGCGACUGCCGGCUCCUGUGGGUGUUCCGGCGCCGCUGGCGGCUCAACUUCAACCGGCAGCAGCCCACGUGUGCCACGCCCGAGUUCGUCCAGGGCAAGGAGUUCAAGGACUUCCCCGACGUGCUCCUGCCCAAUUACUUCACCUGCCGCCGCGCCCGCAUCCGGGACCGCAAGGCCCAGCAGGUGUUCGUGGACGAGGGCCACACGGUGCAGUUCGUGUGCCGGGCCGAUGGCGACCCGCCGCCCGCCAUCCUCUGGCUCUCGCCGCGCAAGCACCUGGUCUCGGCCAAGAGCAACGGGCGGCUCACGGUCUUCCCCGACGGCACUCUGGAGGUGCGCUACGCCCAGGUACAGGACAACGGCACGUACCUGUGCAUCGCGGCCAACGCGGGCGGCAACGACUCCAUGCCUGCCCACCUGCAUGUGCGCAGCUACUCGCCGGAUUGGCCCCAUCAGCCCAACAAGACCUUCGCCUUCAUCUCCAACCAGCCGGGCGAGGGAGAGGCCAACAGCACCCGCGCCACCGUGCCUUUCCCCUUCGACAUCAAGACCCUCAUCAUCGCCACCACCAUGGGCUUCAUCUCUUUCCUGGGCGUCGUCCUCUUCUGUCUGGUGCUGCUGUUUCUCUGGAGCCGGGGCAAGGGCAACACAAAGCACAACAUCGAGAUUGAGUACGUGCCCCGCAAGUCGGACGCAGGCAUCAGCUCCGCCGACGCGCCUCGCAAGUUCAACAUGAAGAUGAUAUGAGGACGGGGCGGGGGGCAGGGACCCCCGGGCGCGCCGGGCAGGGGGAGGGGCCUGGCCGCCCUCCGCGGGCUCCCCAGUCCUUCCCACCUCCUCCCGACCCCUCUGCACACACACUUUUUCUCCCUCCCACCCCGUCCCCUGCUGCCCCCGCCGGCCAUCACCGCCUGCCCUCUUCCUACCAGGACCUCAGAAGUCCAGGCCUGGGGACCCCACCUACACAGGGGCACUCGUUGACAGACUGGAGUCGGAAGCUGACGAACCAACAUGCGGCACAGUCAAUAGUUCAAUAAAAAAGUUACGAACUUCCUCUGUAACUUGGGUUUCAAUAAUUAUGGAUUUUUAUGAAAACUUGAAAUAAUAAAAAGAGAAAAAAAAAAGCUAUUUCCUAUAGCUAGUCGGAAUGCAAACUUUUGACGUCCUGAUUGCUCCAGGGCCCUCUUCCAACUCAAUUUCUUGUUUUUUCUCUUCCUCCUCCUCCUCUCCCUCCUUUCUCUUCUCUUCCCCUGUGGGGAGGGAUCACUCAGGAAAACAGGGAAGGAGGUUCCAGCCCCACCUGCCUGCCUGCUCACCCUGCCAGGGCAGUCACCAGGAGCAGAUUGGGUGGUGGGUCUGGGCCCAGCUCUGGGCUGGCUGUUUGCAGAGAGCGGGUGGAGGGGACAGGGCUGCCCAGUGAGGAUGAGGGCCUGUCUGCUGAGCUGCCAGGCAGCACUACUGCCAGGGGGCAGGGGGGCCUGGCUCGGGUGUGGCUGAGACUCUGGACAGGGGCUGGGAUCCUCUGGAGGAUAACACAGUCAGUGGAGAGAGCCGGGCACCGAGGCCUAACUCUGGUCCCAGCUCUAUUGCCAACUUGCUGUGUGGCCUCGAACAGAUCAUCAGCCCUCUCUGGGCCUCAGCUGCCACAUCUGUAUAAAUGGAAACGCUACUCCCCGCCCUGCCUACCUCACAGGGCUGUUGUGAGGAAUUGAUGAGAUGAUGUAUGUGAAACACUUUGUAACCUGUAAAGCGCUGUGCACAUGUGUGGGUGA